CCAUACAGUCCUCACCCAUCACCCCUUCCCCCGCUGCAAUUAUUUUUAAUCAAAUGUUUCCCCUCAGUGCUGGCAUCACUAGGUUAGGGUUUCCAAGGAGCCCGAAUGUGAAAUUGACUAUAAACAAAAGUGAAACUGACUUCACUGAGUCUCUUUCCCACCUCCCAUUGAGAUGGGAAAUAUAAACAAGAACAUAUAAUAAUGAGGUAUAAACUGGAUGGCUACAAUUCUUUCACUCCCCAAUCUGUGGUGUUAAUAGUAACAGGUACAGAAAUUUGUAGCAAAAUGAGGAGAUGGCUCGCCAGCUGGUGGAGCUGGGAUUCCGGGGAAGCGGUGAGGUCCUGAAAAGGGAAGAGUUUGAAGCAAGGAAAGCGGCUGCAGAGGCUUCAAGGCUCUCUGAAAGAACCCAGCAAAAAACAUUAUCUAGUGCAGGAAAAGAACUGAAGGAUAAUUUUCUGAAGGCAUUGGCAGAAAGGGAGGAAGCCAACCGCAGUGGGAAAAUGGCUUGGGUAAUUGAUCCUUCUCCUAUGUUGCUUUUCACUAUGUGGAGUGCCUUCUCUGUGCCUACGGCGUGGUUCAGCAAGUCCAUAAUCUUCAUUCGUGACCAAAAUUCUCGUGGGCAGGAGGUGUCUGCCUACAUUGACUAUGCACACAGGCUGAAGGUGGAUGAAUUUGAAAUCUAUUUUAAUGGAAAGAAAAAGCUUUUUCCAAGACGCACUGAUCUGAGCUUUUACAACUGGGAUAGAAAUGUCAGCACUUCAAAUGCUAGUCCAAAUUACCAAGUGAUUGCAGAAAAUGCAUGCGGAUUACUCUUCAAGAACAAAUGUGAUAGGAAAAUAGUAAAUGUGGAUCCCAAGGCUUACCCUGGAGACAGCACAACUCGGACACCUAUUGAGACAAAUCUCUACCUUCAAGUAGUCAUCUACGACCAUAUCCUCAGAAGAAAGACCUAAACAUCAGCUCAUUGGCUCUUCCUUCAAGCAUCUGUUUACCAACUUUUAUUCUAGCUGUAAGAGAAAUAAAUCAGUUUGAAGAGAUCUCUACCAUGUGUGAAACUGGUCUUCCGGUGGAAUGG